GCACCCUCUGCCCUGACCACCCUUCACCCUACUCAGAGGCCACCCUUCAUCCUGCUCCCAGCAGGCUGUCCUCACCUGCUCCCUCCAAUACCCAUCAGUCCUGAACAGUAGCUGCUGUGUGGAUCUUGUCAUCCAUCCCAGCAGGAUGCUCCCUCUUGUCCUGAUGAAGGGACACGGCAGCAUGAAGUCGGUGGCCGCCCUCGUCCUGGUGGGGAUGCUCAUCCUCUGGGCAGAACUGCCAACAGGCAGCGCCUGGUCCUGCCCACCCGUCCGCGUCGUCUGCGCGCUGCACAACCCCCCGAACCGGUGCAACAGCAACUGGGACUGCCCCCUGUUCAGGAAAUGCUGCCCCACCUCCUGCGGGAGGAAAUGCAUCCGGAAGCCCAGGAGCGGCCCCAUACACGUGUGAGCUCGGCUCCCAGGACAGACCGAGGGCCAUCUCAGCAUCCCCAUGCCACCUCUGGCCCCAGCCCAUGCUCAGACCACCUCGGCCCCAAGAUCACUCCAUGACAGCUCCUGUGCAGUGCCAUGUGCCACCUGCUUGCCCUCUCCCUCUGCUUCUCCACUGCCGUUUUAGCAAAUAAAAGAGGCUUGUCUCAGG